GGCCUCGGGGGGGGGCGGAGGCGGGCGGGCUGCGGAGGGAAGAGGGGAUGUGCAUAGGGAGCCGGGGCCAUGUCCAAGGUAACGGGGCCCGCGGCCCCCGGGCCGGCUGUGGCUACGGGGCCGGCGCCAAGCGGGAAGGAGAAGCGCUCCUUUAGCAAGAGGCUGUUUCGGAGUGGGCGGGCGGGCGGCGGCGGCAGCGGCGGCUCCCCGGCCUCGCCCUCCUCCGCCCGCUCGGUGGGCAGCUUUAUGAGCCGGGUCCUGAAGACGCUGUCCACUCUGUCGCACUAUAGCUCCGAGAGCCCCCCGCUGCCCGGCCGCGGACGAUCCCCCAGCAGCGCCCUCGGCCCCGUGGGCUUUCGCAGCUGCUUCCCGCCGGGGCCCGGGCCCGGGCCGGCCGCCCCGCCCCAGCGCUGUCCGCAGCAGCAGCAGCAGCAGCAGCAGCAGCGGCAGCCGCCGCCACCGCCCCCCGCCGCGCCCACGCCGCCUCCCCCGGCCGAGCUGCUGUGCCUGGCCGGGGGCGACCCGGUGCCCGGCGUGGCAGGGCUCAAGAACCAUGGCAACACCUGCUUCAUGAACGCCACCCUGCAGUGUCUCAGCAACACGGAGCUCUUCGCCGAGUACCUGGCCCUGGAGCAGUACCGGGGCGGCGGCGGGCAGGAGACCCCCGACUCCUCUGCCCCAGAGGACGGCCACCAGGCCAACGGACUCCCCUUCUCCCGCAGCCAGCAGGGCAAGGGCGAGGUCACGGAACAGCUGGCACACCUGGUGCGGGCGCUGUGGACUCUGGAGUAUACCCCGCAACACAGCCGGGACUUUAAGAGUAUUGUCUCAAAAAAUGCACUACAAUAUCGAGGGAAUUCCCAGCAUGAUGCCCAGGAGUUUCUGCUAUGGCUUUUGGACCGUGUGCAUGAAGAUCUCAACAAUUUUUUGAAACAGAGUGGCCGACCUCCCUUGAAGCCUCCAUUAGAAGAUGAUGUAGUGCCCGAGGGACCUUCUUUUCCAGUCAGUAGCACUUUUGUACAAGAACUUUUUCAAGCCCAGUACAGAUCUUCUUUGACUUGUCCUCAUUGCCAGAAGCAGAGUAAUACCUUUGAUCCUUUCCUCUGCAUUUCUUUGCCAAUUCCUCUGCCCCACACAAGGCCUCUCUAUGUCACAGUUGUGUAUCAAGGAAAAUGCUCUCACUGCAUGAGAAUCGGGGUGGCCGUACCUCUGUCUGGGACGGUAGCUAGGCUUCGGGAAGCAGUGUCAGUGGAAACAAAGAUCCCUACUGAUCAGAUUGUGUUAACGGAGAUGUACUAUGAUGGGUUCCAUCGCUCCUUUUGUGACACAGAUGAUCUGGAAACAGUGCACGAAAGUGACUGCAUUUUUGCCUUUGAGACUCCAGAGAUAUUUAGGCCUGAAGGAAUUCUCAGUCAAAGAGGAAUGCAUCUAAACAACAACCUGAACAGUUUGAAGUUUGGCAGUGACCACCAUAGAAUAUCUUCCCAUGCACAGACAGCCACAAAACAAGGGAAGCUGGAUCUACCCUCCACAAGAACAGGAAAUGACAAGAUUGUUCUGCUUGUGUGUAAUAGAGCAUGCACUGGGCAACAGGGGAAAAGAUUUGGACAACCCUUUGUGCUACACUUAGAGAAGACAAUAGCAUGGGAUCUCUUGCAGAAGGAGAUUUUGGAGAAGAUGCAGUAUUUUUUGAGACCCACAGUUUGCAUCCAAGUGUGUCCAUUUAGUUUGCGCGUUGUCAGUGUUGUGGGAAUAACAUACUUGCUACCACAAGAGGAGCAACCCCUGUGCCACCCAACCGUGGAAAGGGCGUUAAAAUCAUGUGGACAAGGUGGUACUGCUCAUGUAAAGUUAGUAGUGGAAUGGGACAAAGAGACAAAAGAUUACUUAUUUGUAAAUACAGAAGAUGAAUAUGUUCCUGAUGCAGAAAGCGUCCGUCUGCAGAGGGAACGUCAUCACCAGCCUCAGACUUGCACUUUAUCACAGUGUUUCCAAUUGUACACCAAAGAGGAACAGCUUGCCCCAGAUGACGCUUGGCGUUGCCCACACUGUAAGCAGCUGCAGCAGGGGAGCAUAACAUUAAGCCUGUGGACCUUGCCUGAUGUGCUUAUUAUACAUUUGAAGAGAUUUCGACAGGAGGGCGACAGGCGAAUGAAGCUUCAGAACAUGGUGAAAUUUCCUCUAACUGGCCUGGAUAUGACGCCUCAUGUGGUAAAACGGAGUCAGAGCAGCUGGAGCCUCCCAUCCCAUUGGUCUCCAUGGAGACGCCCAUAUGGGCUAGGGAGAGAUCCUGAGGACUACAUCUAUGAUCUUUAUGCUGUGUGUAAUCACCAUGGGACCAUGCAAGGGGGACAUUAUACAGCAUACUGUAAGAACUCAGUGGAUGGUCUCUGGUACUGCUUUGAUGACAGUGAUGUACAGCAGUUGUCUGAGGAUGAAGUCUGUAAGCAGACAGCAUACAUACUUUUCUACCAGAGGCGAACAGCUAUACCAUCAUGGUCAGCCAACAGCUCUGUGGCAGGUUCCACAAGUUCUUCACUGUGUGAACACUGGGUAAGCCGGCUUCCAGGGAGUAAGCAAGCCAGCGUCACUUCUGCGGCUUCUUCCAGGCGCACAUCUCUGGCUUCACUCUCAGAGUCAGUGGAGUUGACUGGGGAAAGAAGUGAAGAUGAUGGUGGGUUCUCAACCCGACCCUUUGUAAGAAGUGUCCAGCGCCAAAGCUUGUCAUCCAGGUCCUCUGUUACCAGCCCAUUGGCCGUCAAUGAAAAUUGCAUUCGACCCUCUUGGUCCCUGUCUGCUAAGCUGCAAAUGCGUUCUAACUCUCCGUCACGUUUUUGUGGUGACUCUCCUGUGCAUGCUUCUGCCUCUACCCUGGAGAAGAUAGGGGAGGCAAUAGAUGAUAAAGUCUCUAUCUCUUGCUUUGGUAGCUUAAGGAACCUUUCUAGUAGCUACAUGGAGCCAAGUGAGAGCCACAGCAGGCGUGAGCACAGGGCCACGGGUAGAGCUCCUUUGGCUGUCAUGGAAAGUGUAUUCAGAGACGAAUCGGCUACCAGGAAAGUGACCUCGAGUCUUUCUGAUACACAGAGCAAAAGCUCAGCGCACGUGGAUCGAGUGCAUCCUGUUUCAGAUCCUUUUGACAACAAUAAUCAGAUUGCCUAUGUGGAUCAGAGUGAUUCUGUUGACAGCUCCCCAGUCAAAGAGGCAAAGACCCCAAGUGGCUCUGGCUUACUUGUGGAAAAGUCAGACAGCACAACUAAGAAAUCCCCUACCUCCAAAGGGGUUUCUGAGCCAGAUAAAAGCCUGAGGAAAGGGAGGACAGUCUUGGUUCGCCAGGAAUCAUCUCUUUCAAACACAUCACCCACUUCUCCUGUUCCCUUAAAAAGUUCUGUAAAGACUUCUCGCUCCAGAAGCAAAGCAGAAUCUUCCCAGGUUAGUGGGCGACACUCAUCCCCUCUUCCUGGUCAGCCCAAAAAGGAGUCAUCUACAAAAUCCCAGGACAUUGUAGCUAUUCAGCAGAAGCAAAAGUUAACUUCCUCCCCGGCUUCUAUUUCUUCCUCUACAGCUGCCAAAAAACCCCCUCUGGGCUCUGCCACCAGGGGUCCCUCCUCUGCUGGGAAGAGUAGGACUUCAGACCGAAGCCUGAGCCGGGAAGGCUCCAAAGUAAGCCUAGGCUCUGACAAAGCCAGUGUCACGUCCACCUCCAAACCAAAUUCCCCUCGGGUGGGUCAGUCUAAAGGAGGGGAGAGCAGAAUGGAUGGAAAGCAUGUUAGGAGUUCCUCCAUGGCCAGCCUGCGGUCUCCCAACCCAGGCAUGAAGUCAGGUUUGAAGAGGGACAGCAAGUCAGAAGACAAGGGACUGUCCUUCUUCAAAUCAGCUCUGAGGCAGAAGGAGACACGGAGGUCAACUGAUCUUGGGAAAACCACGUUGCUCACCAAAAAAUCAGGUGGAGGCUCUACCAAGUCGAUCAGUAAGAAUAUGGUAGAUGAGAAGUCGGAGAAAGGCAGCCAGCCACCCUCCUCCCAGCAGCCAAAUGCAAAUACUGUUUCAAAAGAGCAGCCUGCUUCCAAGGAUUCUACUUCUGUAAAACAUUCCCUGCUUUCUACCCACAGAUCCAGGUCUUCCCAGCUAGAUCCUGGAAAUCCCUUGUCUUCUAGUAGCAAGCAGUCUGCCGAGAAAUCUUUAAAAAAGUUACCUUCUAGCAUGCACACCUCUGCACGGCCUUCUCAAAAACCUCAGUGAGAUUUCUGCAAACCAGGUGUUUUAUCUGUAAAGACACUUAUUUAUUUAGAAUCGAGAACUCUUAUUUUCAUUCCCUUUCCCUGAUAUUUCCCCUCCCCUGCCCCCCUGCUUUUGUUUUGUAAUUUUUGGUUCAUGUGCCUAACGUAUGUGUGUGUGUGUGUGUGUGAGGAGAACUAAACCGCAGUGUGUCGAAGUGUCUCCUUCUGCCAUCAAACCAAAUAAUAGCCAUAGGCAAAGAAAGCAGUGACACCAAGUUAACUGGAAUAAUUGUAAAAAAAACAAAACAAAACCAUAAUCCUGGACUGCCUCUUAGCACUUGUGCAUAUUUCUUUCUAGUGAAAUGCCGCAACUUUUCGUCAGACACUAGGGUUUUGAAACCUGUGAACCAGUUAUGCUGUAAGUAGUAUACGCUCUGUAGAACUGUGAAAUAAUAUUAUUUUGGGUUUUUGCCUGAGCAGAAAUUAUCCUCAUUGAUUUGUGGAUUGUCGUCUAGUGUGGUAAAGUGUAGAAGCUAACAGUGAAACUGAAAGACCGUUGCUGCUUCUGCUCUGGCCCCUUGUCUUCAAUCUUUUUUAAAGGGCAAUAUUUUAACACUAAUGUUGUUUCUCAGGUAUAUACUCGGCUAGUAUAAGAGGGAUGAGCAUUAGUGAAUGAACUGAAUAUAAAGGUAACCUUUCAUGUGUGAAUGUAUGUAAUUUUCUCUUAGUGUCAUGGAUGUAAGCUUUUUGAGAUGUAAAGAACCUUUUAUUACUGUCAUAUUGGUGAAGAUGUGUGUAUACCUUAGCUGGCUAUCCCUUGACUCUUGGACAUUGUGCUAAGAGAUGGUGAAUUGGAUAGCAAGAAGCUAGUCAGUAUCCAUUCUUUUCCUCCCUCCAUUGGAAUUCUGAAAUAUAGCCACUCAUCAGCAUCUUCUAAGUUGUACCCUGAUAAUAUGGAUUAUUAUUUUUUUUAACUGGAAUCAUGUACCUGGUGGUGCGAAUGAUGCCUGGGUGAUGUAUAGAUGUACCACUCUCCCUCUUUGGCUGCCACUUCUUGUCUGUAAACAGAAGAAUCGAAUCUUGCCUUUUGGAGGUGUGCUUCUGAAGUUUCUGUAUCUCUCAGCCCAAUGCCAAAAGUCAGCAAUGCAAUAUCAGUGCUCAGUGUAACAAAAUAUUAAAUACCUUUUUUAAAUGUUUCUCUUUAAGGCUUGAUUUUAACUGUGUUUUCCAGCAAACAGUUCCUCUCCCUACAGAUUUUAUCUCCCUUGAUCCCUUCCCCUAAUCUAUAGUCAAAACUAAAGCUCAUUCUACAAGGCAACAAAUUACCUUUCUUGUUUCGAAAAUGGAAACAUCUCCCACCUUGCUCAAUUUACAAUGUUCACACAGAUGCUGCAUUUAUUUUUUAAGUUGUAUAGACAUAUCCUGGCUUCAUGCCUCUCUUCUCUUCCUUAUGAGAGCUGUAUAAUCUGGGUUCUUGGUGAAACGGACUUUGCCACGAUACAGGGUGGGAUGUGCUUAGUUUCAUAUUCAUAUGUUCUCUAAUUGGCGUGUUUUCCCAUGUCAGUGUUUUUCCAACCCAUAAAUUCACCCAACUCUACAUGAACUUUAAAUAUUCAUAUCUAUUUAUAAUCUUUUCUACUUAGUAACUAAUGCAAAUAGUUUUAUUCAUCCUGUCAUAUCCUUUGCUCAACUUUUUUGCUUUUUUGGGUUGGAGGAGGAUGGGGAAAUGUUGGCAUCAGGUCACUUGUCUUACAUAAUUGCUAAUUUGAGCAUAAAGGAGACUAAUAGAUCUGGAAACCAUUCAUGUAAGGGUAGCCAAACAUCUAAGACCUUGCAAUAUUAAAAUUCUUUUAUAUUAUGAAUAUUUCUGUAAUGCUUACUGUAUUUCAUUUAUCAUGACCUUGUUGGCAAUAGCGCUCUGCCUGAUAAUGCCAGUUUGAUUGCCAUUUCCUCUCUGUGUGAUAUAGGCAUCGAUUCCAUGCCAAAGCAGUGUUGCUUUCUGGUUCUCCUGUUAUUUGGCGUCUGGACAAACUUCUUUUGAUGUUGUUACUACUGGUAUGUUGAGUUUUGCAUAGUUACCUUUCCUCAGAACAAUAUUUUAAACCCAAUGUGAUCAUAACACCCCUCUCUAGCUAUGGUGUAGAUUUUCUACAAUCCAAAAGGGCAUAAGAUAUGAAGAGUGUCAAAAACAGCUGAAUGAAUGACUUCUCAUGAAGCUCCAUUCCUUUGAAUAUAGGGCAGGUUUGAUUUGGAAGGGUCACAUCACCGAAACUUGAAAAGCAGCUUUAGAGUAGUUACGAGAAUUUCUUUUGGAGGGGAUUUAUUGUGGUAGUUACCAGUGAAAUAGUUAAACCUGAAUAGAAAUUAGCUUCAUUUCCAGACAGAAACUUAAAUUUUGAAAUUUUUGUUGCUUUUGUAUAGGAAUUAAAAAAAAACCUAACCUUUAAAUUCCAGGAGAUAAUUGCUUUGAGCUCAAAUAUAAUUUUUCAUUAUGUAUUAACAUUAUUUAGCUAAUAGAAUUGGCUCUCCUUUCUGGUCAGCUAAAAUCACACAUAACUAUGCUUUCGGGAAUGACUAUGUCAUUGUCUUGACAUUUUGAUGCUAUUUGAUUUCCUUUAAUUUUCUUGUUUGAUAAACAAUGAAAAUCUGAUGAAAUAACAAAGAUUUAAUUAUCUUAAACUACUGCAUGCUUUAAGGACACCAGACAGUGAACACAGAAAAAGGACAGAGAAUUGUUGUGCUCAAGGACAUUUUGCCAAAAUGCUUCCAGGAAUGGCUUCAAUAAGUUGGUUAAAAGCAAAAACAAUUCAGUUUUUUCUUUUUAAACAUGGGCCAGAUUUUUUUUUCCCCCUGUUGAUAUUUGGAAUAAGGUGCUUGCUCAUUUGUUUGGGUGAACAAUUGUCUAUAGAUCAUCAUGGUCUUGUGUUUGUGAAAGCUGUUUAGAGAGGUGGAGUUAGAAGGAAUUAUUACCUGGUAAGCACAAAGAAAUCACUAACAAGUCUUGUAACUAGAGCAAAUCCAUAGUACUUUAUCAUCAUCAUCAUUAUUAUUGAUGUCUUUGGCAUUGUUCACUUUGAGAUAGAAUUGGGAAUAUCCAGAUUCUCCCCUCCUCCCUUUUGAUAAAGAGACAUGAUGGUAAAGAAAUAAUGUUUUCGAGCAUUGUCUUUCACGCCCAUAAGCCCUUUACUGCAUCCCCUUUUCCUAAUCCUUACGGCAACCUUGUGCCAAGUCAAUAACAAUUCAUGCUGGACAUACAGAAGUGAAUGUUAGAGUAUCUGUGGUUUGGUAAAUGUUUGUAGUCAUCUGAAAGGCUGCCUUGAAAUUUCUUAUUCAAUACAUGAAAUAAAUUGAAAGGGAUAUUUAUGUAAAAAAAUUGUAAAUUCACUCCUCAAGUUAACUUUACUUUAGCUCAGGGGCACCUAGAGUACAGCCCAUACACCAAAAGAAGUCCAUGCAGCCCUAACUAGGGCCCCCUCCCCAGCAAAGAAAUCUAUUUUGCAGAUCUCGCUGAAUUAGCAUGUGCUGGGAAGGGUAGUUCUUGCAACCAAUUCUCUUUUAUAGUGUAGUUGUAACCAAUUUCAUUUUAUGGAAAGUAGAUGUGGUCCUCAUUUACCCAUCAAUCCACUAUCUGUCUUCCCAUUGGUUUAACGCUAAUGCAGCCCAGCAAUGAAGCUCUUUAACUAAAUUCCUUACACUAGAAUUUGAUCCUUCCAUGUUUGAGGUGAAUCAGUGUGAUUUUAUUUGAUUUUUGUUUUUUGGAAAGAGAAGAAAGCAAGACCCACUUUUCUUCAAGAUAGUUUCCAAGGAGAAAGAUAUGAUAAAAAGACUGGAAAGAAAACACCUGGCUGCAGCUUUUAAUGGAAAAUGGAGGACCAGGGAAUGAAUCCUUUUUUUCAAAUGGGGAAACCAUGGGUUUAAAGAAUGGGUUUUCAUUUGGUCUAUAAAUUUCAUCCUGAUACAUUGCCUUUUUAGAUCAUUGAGCAAUUAAGAUUUUUUUUUGGGGGGUGUCCAAUUUCAAAGUUGUUGUAAUUUUAUGAUAGAAAGAAAUUAUUUCUGGGCUGGAUUUUAGGGAUAGUAGUUAAUAGUAUGCAAAUCAUAAGCACAUUUUCAAUGGAAAAAACCAAACCCAACAACGACCCCUUAUACUAUGUGAGGCACUUUGAACUUUGCCUUAGUGGGAGAGCUGAGAAAUACACAUUUUAAUGACAAACUGGUGCCUAUAUCUUUCUAAACAUGAAGUGUAUGUGUCAUUCUGCAAGGUUUUUGUCCCUUUGGUUCACAAAUGGUUUUUAUAGCUAAGUCAGACCAUAUGCUUUAGAUGGAAACAUGACACUUUGAUUACAGUACAUCUAAACUGCCUCUAUGACUCUCCCACCCCCAUCCCUUCCCCCCCCACAUACCCCAUUUCCUUUUGUUCAGCUCCCAAAAUGUAGAAUUCUUUGCUUUCCACAGCUGUAAUUUGAGCAUGACCCACCAUCUUCCCCCUACCCCCAACCCCCACCCCAAGUAACAAGAACAAUUCUGCAUGGCCUUUAUCUAGUGCUGCAUCCUGAAUGCAUGCUCUCAUUAACUAUGCAAGCAACUGAUACUGACCAUAGAUGGCACUAACUGCUUAAAGUGAAGCUAUUAGAUAAUGGAACUCUAUUUUUCAAUUUGUUGUUUUGUUUCCUAUAUGACCUGAGUAUCCAUACACUCAGGAGCACGUAUAUGGUUUCUUGCUUUAUUUUGCACAUCCGUGACUCUCUUCUUUGCAGAAAUUUUGGAUUAUUGACAAGAUUGAUGUGUAAAAUUCCUAAGUAUUUUUCAAAUAGGAAAAGUAUUGGAUGUGUUGAAAUGACAAUAUGCUGGUUUAUGUAUUAUAUUGUGGUGUCUAGGUAAUCUCCUAAUGUGUCCUCUUCUCUAAGUAACCUGCCAUUUUUCUAUAGGAUUUUAAUGAUUUAUAUCUUCUAUAUGACAUCAUGGUCUCAAGGAAAGACAAAAGCUUCUAGCAGCAUUGACAAUUAAAAAAAAACAAACCAUGCUUUUGUAGAACUUUAGUGCUCUUUGAAGCUGAUGUUUCCAGCCACCAGACCUAAUAGGACUAGUACUAUGGUGUUUAUGGCAGUACUGUACAAUGAGUUCAGAUCUAGAACUAUCUCCCAUUUGUUAAUCCAUCUGGUAUAGAAGGCUUCAAACCUCUUAGAUAAGAGACCUGGUAAGGAAGAGCCUGAAGUCCUGAAGGGAACAGAGCAAUGACUGGCAUGCAAAUUUAAGUCACAAGGCACUUGUGAAAAUGGGGUCUUGGUUUGCUAGAGUGGGCAGCACACUGGAGGGCUUGGUGUUCUUGGUAGCCCUCUGACCUUGUCUGUGUAUAGCAAGUGGAGACUUCCUUGGUGGAGUCAUGGAAUUCUCAAUGAAUAAUAAAGUGACGAAAGCUAAGACCAACUAUCUUUGAAAAGCAUAUCAGUAGUUAGAAGAGGCUACCUCUUAAUACCAAUGUCCUUUUCAUAGUGAGCAAUUAAAAUUGCAAUUACCAGAUGGCCUGAACAUUGCUUUUGAACUCUUUAUUGUGGUCCUUUGCAGGAUAGCAGUUUCAGGAAUUCUUCCUAGUUUAAAAACAAACGUGAAGAGUUUUAUUUUGAAUUAACAUUUGAUAUAAUUUUUCCCCUGUAAUCUUUUUUUUUUUAAAGCAUCUCUUGUAGAAUUUGCCAAGUGACCCUAAAUAAUUUGGCUAUACAUGCAGAGGCAACUGAAAUUUAGUUUUAAUCUUUGGUGAGCCAGAAGUACUGUGGACACCACAUAAUAAAGCCAAUUGUCAAACUUAGCUGUUUAUCCUGUGGAGCAUUAUUUUACAGACAAUUGGAAGUCAGGAUAACAUAACCUUUAAGCUUAAUGCAAAGGAAGCCAGUAGGGCCCAAAUACAUCUGUUUAAAACACAUCCAGAAUAAUGGUGGAAGUACAUAUAAGUUGAACUCCUUGAGAAGUUUGAGGAGUGAAUUCUGUAGGCGGUCAUGAAAAAGCAGCAUGAAAUUGUUCUAGGUGCUAUCUUGAAAGCUUUGGUGUCAGUACACCAAAGGGAAAAUGGCUAUAGUAUUCUCUGAAGAUAAAGUCCUCUUUUGUGGCCUUUCAAGCGCACCAUACAGGAUUGCUCACCAAUUGUGCCUCACCAUUGGUUAAAAUUGAAUUCGGAUCUCAUUGCAAAUAUAGUUUCUUGACUGAAGUCAAACUUCAGUUUUUACACUGGAAUUUCUACAGUUCUUCUCAAAGCUGCAUGUCAUUGUCACUGUACACAAAAACAUUUUGGUAUAGUUCACACCUUUGAUAUUGGCUUCUGUAUAAAUACUUUUGAGUUGUACAGUAAUCUGGAAAGCAGGAUGUCUUUAUCUGAGGCUGGAGGAAACAUAAUUGUGCCGUAAAUUUUAAAUUAUUGAGGACAAGUGCAUGAGACUGUGUCAAUGCCUCCUGUUAUUUAUUUGUAUGUUUUAUUAUUCAAGGUGGAUGCACUUUUAAUAUGCAGAAUUUAUAUUUUUAUGUUAAAACAUUUCCUUUCUGAAAGAACAGUUUGAAUAUUAUAGUAUGUAGCUGGAAUUAAGAGAAAAGUGGAAAAUGUAAUAAAAUACAUUAAAUUUA